ACUGAAGAUUUUACCUGGCCUUUUUCCCUUUUUCUUUAAACCUCUAUUCUCUCUGUUCUGCUUUAAGCUGCAAUACCCAGAACACUUGAACAAGACGAAGAUUUUGCAUACUCAGCUGAUUUUUCAACUUCGCUUUUUACCUCAUUAACAAGAGCCUCUUUAGAGGCACUGGGUUGAUUCUUAUGCUGAUGCUGGUAUUCAUUAACUUCUAAGUGACAUUGCAAAUGACCAUAAACCUUACAAAAUUGAAUUUACUAUCAACUGUAUACAAUAACUUAUGAAUCUUGAGUCCCCUGUAUUUGGUGUUUGCCUCCUGAUCUAAAUCUGCAUCUGGUCACAAAACAAUAUUCACAAGAAAAUGACGUGGAGCUAUACAUCAUUUUUCUCUGUGGUUGAUAAUGAAGUAUUUAAUAACUGAUGAUAAAUGCAUGAACUAUUCUCCGUAUUGUCACAUUUGAUGACUCAAGCUUUCCUCAUGAUAGAUGAAAAGAGCUUGGACAAAUAGGAGCAAGAUAUGUAGGGAUGUAGGAAAAGAGAGGGAGAGUUCUGUGUACUUUUCUGGAUUUCUUGGUAAUGGAGAUUGUUGCUCAUGCUUAGAUGGUCUUCUUUGCCUCUGCAAAAAUCAGGAAGAGGAUGGGGUUUCCUUUUUAUAUGAUUUAAUAUUAAUCCUGGAGCAUUUUGGAAGAUUAAAUGGUGAAAGUUGUGUAGCACCACGUCAAGAAUUGCUCUCAUGAGAAAUUGCUGCUAAAUAGACGCAUUACUGUGAUGGCUGGCCGUGCCUCCCGCACAAUUUAUGUUGGCAAUCUUCCCCUGGAUGUAAAGGAAUGGGAGCUUGAAGAUCUGUUUUACAAGUAUGGUCGUAUCGUAGAUAUCGAAAUGAAGCUUCCCCCACGCCCUCCAGGCUAUUCAUUUGUGGAGUUUGAGGAUCCUAGGGAUGCUCAAGAAGCAAUUAGGGGUCGUGAUGGCUAUAACUUUGACGGUUGUCUUCUGAGGGUUGAGUUGGCUCAUGGAGGUAGAGGCAGGUCCCCUGUUGGCCGACGUGGUGGUGGUGGUGGUGGUGUAGGUGCAGGUGGUGGGGGUGGAGGUGGGCAGUUUGGUGCUCCCCGUCGUUCUGAGUUUCGAGUAAUUGUGCGUGGACUGCCACCUUCAGCUUCAUGGCAGGAUCUAAAGGACCAUAUGCGUAAGGCUGGGGAUGUCUGCUUUGCCCAAGUUUUCCGUGAUGGUGAAGGUAUGAUGGGAAUGGUUGACUACACUAAUUACGAGGACAUGCAAUAUGCUAUCCGGAAGCUAGAUGACACUGAAUUUCGUAAUCCUUUCUCAAAAUCUUACAUUCGGAUAAAAGCUUAUGAGGGUAGUCCACAAAGGAGCAGAAGCAGAAGUAGAAGCAGGAGCCCUAUCCGAGAUAGAAGCAAGAGUGUAGGAAAGAGCCCAAGACCUGCUCCAAGAUCUAGUUCUGCAUCCCCUGCACAGCCAACUAGGUCAAAGUCUGCUUCUCCGCUCUAGACAAAUGCCUCAUAUUCAAGGGCCUGCAUUACUAUGGAUUAACUUUGGUGAUUCUCAUCAGGAGAUGGGAAAAAGGAUGGUGAAAAUCGCUCUACUUUCAGCUUACCAUCUCAGAAAGUAAUGUACCUGUAGUAAUGUAGUUAUGAAGCAUUGUUGUGGCAAAUGAUAUGUAGCGUUGUUUUGUACUUGGAUAUCAUGGUGACUUUGUAGCCAUGUAAUGUAGUUUAGGUAUCCUAGUUGUAUCUUAGGCAGGUCGUAAGUGUUGUCACUGACAACCUUUGCCUGCAUUAGAGAGCUAGCACUUCUAAUACGCUAGGUUGUUGAACCUUGCCAUUGUACACUAUACUCGAUUUUACGCCUUUAGGAAUUUGAGUUUACAUUUUUACUUUGUUUUCUGA